CAGGUUUCUAAAACCCUAAAUCUCUGGGGCAGUCACCUCGAGGUGCAUUUGCCAUGGCGUGACUCUCAUUCUGCCCUGCGAUCGAAGGUGUGUGUGUGUAUUCUGUUAGGCAAGCAUGUGGGGCUCUAGGGGAACUCGCCUGUGGCGCAGCCUGGACAGGGUUCGAAGAGGAGCCGAGUUGUGCUUGCAGCAAGGAGCGCGCGAUUCAUCAUCGUCGUCGUCGUCAACGUCGCUGUGGAGCGUUGCUCCGCGGUGGGCGUCAUCGGAGGCAGCGUUUGCUAACGACGCGCGAUGUGGGUUCGGUGGUGGCCUCUCGGGCGGCGAGCAGAGUCUGAAAUGGUCUUCCGUGUUUGCGCAGCAGAGAAUGGGCAUCACGUCAGUACCUGAGUCUUUGCAAGCUUCAGAUGGUGUAGAUCAGUUAGUACGCUCGCCACUUUCUCAAGCCCCAGCUCCUGUAUCCGAGGUUGAAGGUGGCAACAAGCCGCUGAUGGGAAUAAAGAAAGAGACUCAGGCCGUAUUAACUUACAUUAAGCAGAGCCCCAAGAAAGUGAAUUUGGUUGCAGAGCUUGUGCGCGGCAUGCGUGUCGAUGAUGCGUUGAUGCAGAUGGCAGUGUCUACCAAGCGGGCUGCAAAAGUUGUUGCCAAGGUGGUAACCUCCGCUCGCGCUAAUGCUAUUCACAACUUUGGUAUGGACAAGGACCGGCUUAUUGUUGCGGAGGCGUUUGUUGGCAAGGACAAAUACUUGAAGAGAUUGCGGAUACAUGGGAAAGGAAAGGCAGGUCAGAUGGUGCGACCGCGCUGCAGACUCACUGUCGUUGUGAAGGAGUUGUCGGCUGAGAAAGAAGCGGAGCUGGCCAGAGUACGACUUCACAAGUAUCACAGCAAGAAGAUCCGUGGAAACAUUACCAAGUUGAUGCCUCACCGUGUUCUUGCAACGCAGUGGCAGUGGUCGCGGAAGCCUCGCAAGGGAAGCGUAUCCAUCUCAUCAGAAUGAGGAUCAGAAGAGUUUGGUACAUCCUGCAAUUUUCAUCUCAUGGUUAGGGACCGCAUUUCAUAGAUCGACUAAGAUAGGGAUAUAGAAUUAGAUGCAAAAAUUCAUGCUGCAGUAGAUGUGUUCAGGGAGUUGGUGUCAGUCCGCAUUAUACAUAUCUGUCAGGGUCACUAGUGUAAUUUUAGUUGAACCUACGUCAUCCAUCCCGAAACUUGGCAAACCCAAUAAUGAAGGAUCACUGACCUUCAGAGGAUUAAUUUUGAGCUCUGAAGGCGGGGGGUUUAGGGUGGAAGGUAGCCUUUUACCACAUUCGUGAAGACUGAACCCUCGCACAGCUUGACAUCGACCUCGAGUUAUCCCUUGAUCUUAAUCAGAAUUUUAUUUUUAUAUCAGCUGUUAAGUUUCAUGAUAAGACUUUUACUUGUGUCAGCAGAGCUAUUUUAUUGUGGUGGAACCUUGUUGCCUAUUA